AUGAGAACAAUAUUACACUUGUUACGAUAUUAUGCAUUGGCUACCCCAUACUUCUUUACAGAACCGAGCGAGCGAUCGAGCGUCCAUAUCGAAAUCCUCAACCAAGAGAGAAUGCUUGAACGGCUCUUCGAACAAGAUCCGCCCAACCUUACGAAAACGUACCGGUCAAACGGGCUGAAGUGCAGUGUCGCUGGGAACAGGAGGUUGGAGGUAGUAUUAUCUCUCGGAAAGCCAUCGCCAACAAAACUAAGUGUUGUACCUAGCUUGCGACGACAUAUCGACUGUGAUUUGGAGGACAGCUUUGAAGAUAUCUUGCAGCAGAAGCGUGGGCGAUGGAAAUUGAGGAAAGGUGUCAUAUCCAUGUAUUGUCCAAAACUCAGCUUGUAUGGUCAAGAAUUCAAAGAUUCCAAUGUUUGA